AUGAAAUAUAACAUUUGUUUAAUGGAUUCAAAUAAAAAUAUGGAGAUUCAUGCAUCUUCAAAUGUUUUUGAAACAUUAGAAGAUAUAUAUGAAUACGUUAAAAAACAAAAUAUAUCAGCAUAUUAUAUAAAAAGAAAAGAAAUAAAUAGUUAUUUAUCAAAAGAAACUUAUCAAAUCCAAAAAUCAAAAAGGGAAAUAGAAAAUAGAAAAUUUGGUGAAUGCUAUAGUGUAUGUAAAGAUUGUAUAGAAGAUAAUUAUUAUUAUGUUUUUGUUUUUAGUUCAAGUAAUGGUAGGAGAUCUGGAGGAAUUCAUUCACAAAAUCAUUUAAAUAUAAAUGAAAAGAUACAAUCCCAAAAAAUACCCUGCAGUUCUAAAAACUCAACUUCAACCAAUAGUUUUAGUCAAAACACACCAAUAUCUUCAAACCAAAAAAUCUCACCUAUUAGAAGCCAUUCUAGUUCAGGUAGUCCAAAUUCUCCUUUCUUGUGUAUCACAUCAAACUCUCCAUAUAAUACACCUACUAGAAAGCAUUCUAGUUCAGGUAGUCCAAAUGUUCCUUUCUCCUAUAUAUCAUCAAAUUCUCCAUAUAACACACCUAUUAGAAGCAAUUCUACUUCAAGUAUUCCAAAUUCUCCUUUCUUGUCUAUCACAUCAAAUUCUCCAUAUAAUACACCUACUAGAAACCAUUCUAGUUCGGGUAUUCCAAAUAUUCCUUUAUCCUAUUUCACAUCAAAUUCUCCAUAUAACACACCAAAAAAAUAUUCAACACCAUCCUCAGCUAAAGUCAACAUACCAAUUAAUCCAAUUUUAAAAAAAGAUCUAAUAGAAUUUGCAUUAAAAGAAUGCAAUACAUCUGGUAAAGGUAUCAUUUUUAAAAAAAAAGAUUUCAAUAUUAUUUUAUACACCCCAGAGAAUGAUACCGAUUUAAAAAAACUAAAAGAAAUAUUGAAAAAAGUGUUAUAUAGAUACACAAUUACAGGAUGUUGGGUUUAUUCCACCAGUUCAGGUGUAUAUAAAGACAUGGUUGAUUACAUAUAUCCCUUUAAAGUAGAGAGUAGUACUGUAGUUAGACACUCUAUUUUUUGUGAAAUAGCACAUGACAUAUCUAUGGAAUCAGAAAAAAAAAAACAUAUAUUGUGUUGCAAUCCUAACCAUCUUUUCAUAGGUUCAAAAGAAGAAAAUAAUAAAGAUAAAAACUGUAGAAAAAAAUUAGAAAAAGAUGUCCGUUUUAAACAUGCAAUAAGAGAUCUUAGAGGAAAAGCAAUUGCGCUCUAUUAUGGAAUAUAUGAAGGAUAUGAUUUGGACUCAAUCGAUCCAAACUCAGCAAGCUUAUAUAUUGAUAGCAGUGAAGAUGAUGAUAGCGAUGAUAGCGAUGAUAGCGAUGAUAGUGAUAUUGAUAUCCUAUCCCAGUUUAUAAAAAGAUUAGAUUUCUAUGACGGUGCAAGUAAAAUAACCAAAAAAUUCUAA